AUGCCGCUCACCAAGGAUGUUAUCAAGUUUGGCUCCUUUGUCGUGACCUCGCAGGUCUUCCACCUAUCGCGCCUAUCUUUUGCGAUAGUCAACCUCAAGCCUCUGCUCCCGGGUCACGUCCUUGUGUCGCCGCGCCGGGUUGUGCCGCGCUUCAAUGAUCUGUCCGCUGCGGAGGUGCAGGACUUGUUCUUGACUGUGCAGCGCGUGUCGCGCAUGGUCGAGCGUGUGUUUGGUGCGUCGUCGCUCAAUAUCGCCAUUCAGGAUGGUGUCGAUGCGGGGCAGAGCGUACCACACGUCCAUGCGCAUAUCAUACCGCGGAAGAAGGACGAUCUAGAAGAGCAGGGCGGCACAGAUGCCAUUUACCAGAUGAUGGAGGGCGAGGAUGCAGACCUGAACAAGCAGCUCCAGGAGAAAGAGCGGGCAGCCAGAGCGGAGCUCGCGGAGGACGAGAAGAAGGGUAAGUUCCCUGCCGUCGACAACGACAGCCGCAAGCCCCGAAGCGACGAGGAGAUGCAGAAUGAAGCAGAAUGGCUUGCACAAGAGAUGGCCAAGGACGAGCAGAUUGCUUGA